AUGCCAUCGCAAACAUCGACCGAGCCAGUCGGCGUCGUCAGCCUCGACCCAGAGUUUGAUCGUCUCGCAGGAACAUCGGCCACCAUGCGCAAGCUCCUCACCGAUCCAGAAGGGCUGCAGCGGUUCCACGAGGCCGGCAUCUACCUCGCCAAGCACAACAAGGUGUACCUCUCUUCCAACCGCCUUCCGCAUCCGAAAGUGCAGCAGAGCGCAUGCAUCAUUGGCGUGCCCCUUGACAGCAUUCCGUCUCCGAGCACCGAACAACGCGCAUCCAACGGCUUGCUUCCCGAUCUCACAUCCGACGAGCAAAACUCGCUGUGGUCCGCGCUCCAAGUCAUCGAUGAGCUCCCCGGCCACCUCGCGCUGCCCAACGGCGCCACCCACUGGGAUCAAGAUAGCGUGCUCUGGUGCGAGCAGGGCCACGACAAGCUCGCCAUCACUUCUUCGCUUGUCGUUCACAACGUCGCCGAGCGUACUGGCAAGGCCGUGCUCUCGCAGUUCGAGGGCAAGCCCUUCUCCAGUCUCAACGACGCCGUUCCCCAUCCCCCCUCGGGCUCCUUCUUCUUCACCGAUCCAGACUACGGCAUCGAGCAGUCGUUCAAGUCGCCCGACGUCACGUACGCACCCAACGCCCUCUACAUGUGGAAGCCGUCCACCAACCAGGUGCGCCUGAUCGACUCCAACUACUCCAAGCCCAACGGCGUCACCUUUGUACCUUCGCCCGCCAACGACGGAUCGGGUCUGCUCAUCACCUCGGACACCGGCCGCUUCCGCUUCCACCGCAACGACAGCGUAGGCGAGUUUUACGUCGACGACAACGGUCCCGCACACCUCUACUCGUACAAGGUGCUGCCGGACUCCGAAUCCAAGGAUGGCCUCCCGGCUGUCGACGUCGGCUCGCGCACUGAAUUUGCAGAGUCCACCAGCGGCGUGCCAGACGGCAUUCACGUAGACACCUACGGCAACGUCUGGGCGGGUCACGGCAAUGGCGUCCACGUCUACAAGCCUCAGCCCGACGGCACGGGUAAGCUCAUCGGCAAGUUUGUCAUCCCCGGAGAGAAGGGUGUCGCCAACUUCUGCUGGGCCGGUCAGACCUCGUCGGGACAGUAUCGCCUCCUCCUCUUUGCAGAGGUCGAGCUCUGGGAGGUGACCGUCGCCGUCAAUGGCCAGGACUGA